AUGGCUGCCGUUGCUUCCCUUGCCGCUGUCUCAUGCAAAGCCCUACGUAACAAGAAGCAAGGCCUGAUUGGGCGGAGAAGCCCGUGCAAAUUUUUUGCUGGGGGCCAGAAGAGGAGGGCACUUCCUGAUUCUCACGCUGAGGAGGCGAACGUCGCCCAGACUCAGGAUAAUAAGCUGAACACUUCCACGCUCUUGCGAAAGUAUGGCAUUAAGGCGCUUGAGUUUGCAGAGCCCGUCUCAGCAUACCAGCUCGAGAUGAAGCAGUCUGUCUUUGACAAGGCGGACGAUUGGCUGAGGGCCGGCGCGGCUUUCGUUCUGAUCGUCGAUCCCUAUGGUGAAGAGUUCUACACCUAUGACCGAAGGACGUGGAUUGAGGGGCGCAAGGAAAGUCCGAAGAGUCUCCGCGGCGCAGAAACGCUCGCUCCUCGGCCCGACCUUUUCCCGGGGCUGGCGAUCUCCACGGAGGCAAUCCUGAAAUCAAUCGGGAAGCCCAAGGCGAAAGAAUGA